CCCUUCCCCACGCAUUCUUACAAACCCUUUUAUUGUCAAAAACGUCCGAAAAAGAAAGCUUAUAAACCCUCCUAAACCCUUCUUCUCCGUACAUCUGAGUCCUCAACGCCACAAGGAAAUGAAUUGAAAUACUUCCAUUGUUUACUGAUUUUAGUUUGCAUUUAGAAACAUGAAUUUCAACAACGUUAAGGUUCCCAAAGUUCCAGGUGGUGGUGCAUUUUCUACUUUGCUUAAGGUGGGAAUUAUUGGUGGGCUCGGUUUGUAUGGAGCAGCCAACAGUCUUUACAAUGUAGAGGGAGGUCAUCGAGCCAUAGUCUUUAACCGCAUCACCGGUAUAAAGGACAAGGUAUAUCCUGAAGGGACUCACCUUAUAAUUCCGUGGUUUGAAAGACCAAUCAUCUAUGAUGUCCGUGCACGACCCUAUCCAGUGGAGAGUACUUCUGGAAGCCGUGAUCUUCAAAUGGUGAAAAUAGGCCUUCGAGUUCUGAUACGACCUGUGCCAAACCAGCUACCUACUAUUUAUAGAACCCUUGGUGUGGAUUAUAGUGAUCGGCUCCUGCCUUCAAUUAUUCAUGAAACUUUGAAAGCUGUGGUUGCGCAGUAUAAUGCUAGCCAGCUUAUUACUCAGAGAGAGAAUGUUAGUAGAGAAAUUCGGAAGAUUUUGACUGAGAGGGCAGCCAAUUUCAAUAUUGCACUGGAUGAUGUCUCGAUUACUAGCCUAACCUUUGGAAGGGAGUUUACUGCUGCCAUUGAAGCCAAACAAGUGGCUGCACAAGAAGCUGAGAGGGCUAAAUUCGUUGUGGAAAAAGCUGAACAAGACAAGAAAAGUGCCAUCAUCAGAGCACAGGGUGAGGCCACAAGUGCCCAGCUCAUCGGUCAGGCCAUCGCCAACAAUCCUGCAUUUAUUGCUCUAAGGAAGAUUGAAGCUGCAAGAGAAAUUGCACAUACCAUCGCCAAUUCAGCCAACAAGGCUUUCUUGAAUUCUGGUGAUCUGUUGCUGAACCUUCAGGGGAUGGAUUUGGAGCCAAGUGGGAAAAAAUAGGCGUUUCAAGUUGAAUGAUAUUCUCCCAUGAUUUAGUUUCAUUUUUUCAAGUUUUCAAUUGUUGGGUAUAGUUUGUUUUUUAAAGGAUUAUGUGAAUUGUUAUACGAAUGUUGAAUUGCCUUAUGAGUUACUGUGGAUGAAGAUCCACAUCUUCCUAGAAACCCUCGUGCAAGUUAUCACAUUCAGGUUUCCUCCUGGGUGUUGGAUAUCAUUUUGUUGAUUAUCAAUGAAUUUUGAACCUGCUUCAACACUUUUAUUCUA